CCAGGUUGUAAACAUUUAAGUAGGGUUCAUUCGGGUUCAUUCCUCAUAAAAAGCUAACAGCAACAACAUCAUUACGGACAUAUAUUGUGUUUUUCGUCUGCAGAGCUUCGUGUUGUCAUUAAAUAUGUCUAGCCGGGAUCCUUUCCCCUCCACAAAGUUUGAAAACUGCUUCACUCUCAGCGGAUUCCGGCCGCAGCAGAGAAAAACCUAUGAUAAACCAACUCACAUAGCCCAAACAGAGGAACCCUGGAGUCGCCUCCAUGAUACAGCCACUCUGGCCAGCUCCCGGCAGAGUGUUACGCAUUAUGAGCAUCAGGCUCCAAACGACAGCCUCGACUUCCAACUAAAGUCAGUCUACGAUCACCACAAGGACUUCUUCUGGAGAAAGAAUCAGAUUUUAUACCAGAAGGAGACCGUGUCUGAGGACAGCAGGAAGCAGGGAAACUUAAAACAGGAUGUGCUGGAAAAGGAACAAGAGAACGACAUCAGAGUGUGGGUCGAUCCACAGAGGUGCUCCAUUUACAGCAUUAAGUGAAGCUCAGGCAUUUUCAAACAAGGGCUACACCAAGGAGAAUGGUGGCUUCUUCUAUUCAACAUGAAGUUUCCAGUACUACUAUCUCUAACUGCUAACAUCACAAAAGCUCUGUAAAUAAAAGGAGUUAUUUCAGUGCA